AUGUGCAAAGAGACGCAUCAAAGUGGCUUCCCUUGCGAGUACUGUAUUCGCACCAACAAGACAUGCCUUCCUCAAGCUGUCACAGCAAACAAAGUAAAGUUUGUCCGUUGCAAAACAUUUCAGUCAUCAUCUCAAGUGGCAAAGCCUCCUAUGCAUAUUACCGCAAGGCCUGAUAUCACGUACUUGGACUACUUCGACUUGUUCAUGCAACGCUGCCAGUUUACAAAAGGAUCUACAAAUUUAGCGUCUGAUCUCCUACCCCUGCUUCAGUCAUGCGCACCCCUUCGAGAAGUUACAAUUGCCAUCGGCGCACUCGAAGCUAGCAGGCGGGCUACCGUGCAUAUUGGAAGCGACAGGCCAGCGCCAAUUAAUGUCGCCUUUGGAUCGUAUGGCAGGUCAAUCCAGAAGCUCCAAGAUCGACUCCAGUCGUCGGACGCGUUAAGGUGUCAAGGUGUGCUGUGGUGCACACUACUUCUUGGACUCUUUGAGUUGAUGACGCAAGUAUCUGGUGAUCCAUGGGCCAAUCACAUGUUAUACGGGACCUCCAAAAUUCUUCAGUCGUCCGGCAUAACGAAACCCAGUGGUAAGCUCGGAGCUCAAUUCUUUGGGGCUUUCAAUUGGUUAGAAGCGAAUAGAGCCAUCUUGUAUGGUGAAGACACUAUGCUUUCAGAAGAAGAAUGGCAAACUUGUUACCAAACUCUUCCUUCGGCCUCGGAUAGUCAAGCUGAUACAAUAUUUGAGAUCUUUAUCGAGAUUUCUUCCUUCAGCAAAAAAAGAUUCUUUGAUCAUAUUGAGAGUAUGCCGGAGCACCUGCGGUCUUGUCAUCCCCAUAUUAGUAGCCUCGCGGAUGAGGGCCGCAUGUAUCAACAACGACUCCACGAAUGGCAUGACCGAACAUUAGCAAUUGAAGAUUGCGUAGAAUUCCACGACAAACUUGCGCUUACAGUUUACCACGCCCUGCAGUUGUUUAUAUGCAUGAAUUAUACGUUCUACAAAUUCUGGGAUGAGCAUAAAAUUCCCAGACUUGAUGCAAAUGAGACUGAUGUUCACGUCUCAGCUAUCAUAGCUCACGUUGGGGAUAUUCUUGAUCAUUCGAACAUUUCAAGUUUACUGCUUUUGUUUCCGCUUCGAAUGGCUGGUGCGAACACGAGCAACGCUUCAGAAAAAGGUCAGAUUAUGAAGUUACUGCGCAGGAUAUCGCAGAAUGGAUUCGUGGUCUCAAACAGGAUCGUGGUUGACCUAGAAGAGGUCUGGACCUACAGAGAUCUACUGACUGUUAAUGUAUAA